UAGGCCCCGGACAAUCAUUUUAGAGCGGGUGUACGUCGACGUUCGAGGUCUCCCAGAUUUGAUCUGUGCAAGCCUUGUCAACGAGGUUCUUGUUCGGCGAACGGCUCCACCUCACCUGAAGCGAAUAUAGACUUCGAAAUCGUUCUUCUCGGUGAUCAGUCGCGAAUUCCCUUCGUUAACUUUUUUUGACGUGCCGGCUGCCGCACGUGUACGCUGCAGGAUCCCGAAGAAGCCGAACCUUAACCGAACGUAUAUUCGAAUUUAGGACGUCAAGCGACGAAGAUGGAUCAAGGAGCUGGAGAGCCAGUAUUGGAGACGGUGGAAUGUCCAGUAUGCUCAGUGCAAGUGCCAAUGGAGCGGAUCAACCACCACCUUGACAGAGAGUGCAAGGUUCCAGGGACGGAGACGAGUCCGGUGAAGACGGAGCAGGAUGACCACGCGCAGAACGCCGCUCCGGCUCCCAGGUCGCCUACGGCGAUGAGGCAUGAGAUGGGGACUAGUCCUUUCUUCAGGCAACCGAGUGGACAGCUCAAACUGCGCAAGAACCCUUCGGUUCCGCAAACACAAGCACGACCACCGCCGCCCCCUUCCGCGGCACCAGCCAGGGACACCGAGGAACCUCCCCGAAAGAGGUUCAAGAUAUCCGAUGCAGCAGAAGCAGCCAUGCCUCUUGCCGAACGCGUCCGCCCUACCUCGCUAGACUCCUACCUCGGUCAACCCGAACUCCUCUCCCUCCUCCGCCCGCUCAUCCUCUCCGACAAGAUCCCCUCCCUAAUUCUCUGGGGCCCCUCUGGCACGGGAAAGACCACGCUGGCCAGAGUCAUUGCGAAGUCUACCGAGAGUCGGUUUUUGGAGAUCAGUGCAACGAGCGUGACAGUUGCGGAGUGUCGGAAGAUUUUUGAAGAAGCGGCCAAUCUUUUGAAGUUUGGGAAGAGGACGUAUGUAUUUGUGGAUGAGGUGCACCGGUUCAAUAAGGCACAGCAGGACAUCUUUUUGCCGCAGGUGGAGAGAGGAACUAUCACACUAAUCGGAGCAACGACAGAAAACCCAAGUUUCAAGGUCAACAACGCACUCCUUUCCCGCUGCCGCGUCUUCAUCCUAAGACCCCUCUCCCAAUCUGCCGUCUCCGCAAUCCUUACCCGGGCACUCUCUCUUCUCCCGCCCGACACUAUCCGUCACGAACUCAGUCCCGAAGUCAUCGAAUACAUCGCUGGUCUCGCAGACGGCGAUGCACGGACUUCGCUGAACAUCCUGGAUUUGAUAUUGAGCCUUUCGUCCGAUGUGCCACCGACGAUCGAGAUGGUCAGGAGUGCGCUGAAGAGGACUUCACACGUUUAUGACCGGGUCGGCGAUGCGCACUACGACACCAUUUCCGCAUUCCACAAAUCCGUCCGCGGUUCAGACGUGAACGCAACCCUCUACUACCUGGGCCGCAUGCUCGAAAGCGGCGAAGACCCCCUCUACGUCGCCCGCCGCAUGAUCCGAAUCGCAAGCGAAGACGUCGGGAUAGCAGAUAACAACGCCCUAACCCUUGCUAUCAGCGCACAAUCCGCCGUCAAAGAAAUCGGUAUGCCAGAAUGCGACGUCAUCCUCGCACACUGCGCGACAUACCUCGCCCGCGCCCCGAAAUCCGUCGCGGUGUAUAAAUCGUACAAACGGGUCGUCGCACACCUUCGCUCGACACCUGGUGCGGCGUCUGCGCAGAUUCCGUUGCAUAUUAGGAAUGCGCCGACGAGGUUGAUGAAGGAGGUUGGGUAUGGGAAGGGGUAUAAAUAUAAUCCGGGGUUUGUGGCGGGAGAGGUGAAGCAGGAGUAUUUGCCGGAAGAACUCAGAAAGACCGUGUUUUGGAAGGAAAGGGAGGAGGGGUUGGACGUUGAUGAGGAAGUUUGGGCGAAUCUUGAGGAGGAAGAAGAGGAGGGAGGUGAAGGCAGGGUAGAGGGAGUUACAUAAGGAUGAGGCUAUGGAGGAGGAGUUGUAUUCGUGAGACCACUGUAUUAUUGAGGGCCGAGGGAAAGUCAUGAGAAGGGCCUUAAUCAAGAGGAAGCAGCCUAUUACGUGCAGUACGACUCGACGGGAGGCCUACUGUUCAUUUCGUCAAUGACCGCACACCCGCCGCCGGAACGAACUACCCACGACAUAGAUACCUAACUUGGAUUGCCGUCGGCCGCCGUAUUUUCAGGACGGUCUUGCUAUACAUCGUGCAACUGCAACAAACCCAUCCGCCGGAGAAACUCUCAAGGGCGCAAAUUGAACUACCGAGAGCUCAUGAUCACGCGACCCGGUAUUUAAAAGCAUCAAAUUCGAUCCCGGGGAUUGCCGAAGAACCGUCAAUGAGUGUGGGGACCCCGCACGGACAAUUGACCGAACGCAUGGGAGGAGACUAUUGACGGGAACUGACAGAAACGAACAGUAUCAGACCAGAGAAACGGCUC